AUGAUGAGGAGGGUGAAGUCGUUGUCCAAACAGGACAUCCUGCUCAUUCUCACCAUUGCUGGUGUCAUCGUGGGUGUGGUCGGUGGUGGAUUGCUCCGGUACUUGAAUCCAAACGAGGAAGUCACGAAAUUCAUCGGAUUCCCAGGAGAGCUAUUCAUGAACAUGUUGAAAGCGAUGAUUUUGCCACUCAUUGUUGCCAGCCUUAUUUCCGGUUUAAUCAUCUUUUGCAUUGUGAUGGGUAUCGUGAUUUCUCGUUUGGGAAAACAAGCUCGGCCACUGGCGAAGUUCUUCAUGGCCCUUGAUGCGGUGAUCACCAGAAUGGUACUGAUCGUGAUGUGGUUUGGCCCAAUCGGUAUUCCAUCGCUGAUCGCCUGCAAAAUGCUCGAAGUGUAUGACCUCAUGGCAACGGCUCAAACUCUGGCUAUGUUUAUUCUCACUGUCGUUCUU